AGCUCAGCAUGCAGCUGAUCCUCAGCUCCUGGCAGCCUCUGGAAAGAGAAACCACUCCUUGCCGCAGGUGUGCUCAGCGGGCAGCAGUGGCAGGUAAACGGGCUCCCUGGCAUCUCUCCUUCCUGCCUCUCCCACCCAGAGCCCAUGGCAGAGGAGAAGACCUUCCGUUACGGGUUCAUCAUCUUGGGUUUCUUCCUGGUGAUGACGGGAAUUUUCAUCAUGAGUGUGGAAAAGCCCCACAUCUACAUCACCUUCUGCGUCCUGGGUGUGCUGCUCAUAGCCGUGGGCAUCACCUGGAGCAUGUGCCAGUGCUACCCAAAGAUAACAUUCAUUCCUGUGGACCCUGAGGCUGAGCGGUUCCUGGACUACAAACCCACAGUGCUGCCACAGAAGGACAUCUGCUUGAUUGCUCCCUGCCCCAACCAAGAAGCCACCAGCACCUAUGAGAAGAGCCUGCCAUCCUAUGAGCAGAUCCAGAAGCAGGCAGUGGGCUCAACCCCGCUGCCACCUGCGGCACAGCCCAGAUCCCGUAGUUGCUCCCAGUCAGCUGUGCAGGCCAAAGCAGAGGUCCACCGGGAGCUGGGGGGUGCUGGAGACCCCCCACAAGACCUGGCACCUCACCUGGAAACAGCAGCAGGCAGCUGCCCUCCUCGUUCAGCCCCGGGGGAUGCGCCGCUGGCAUCCCUCCUAGAGGAGAUGGACACGCCAUCGCUGGAGGGCUCAGUGCCAGGCACCCCCACACCACAGAGCCGGACCCUGCCACCCUCUGGUCACUCUGGCUGCACCCUGACCAGCUCCCCGGUGAGGGGACAGCGCUCCAGAUCCCCCCGCAAAGGCGCUGGGGAGCAGGAUGACCUUUAUUAUGGGCUCCAAGAGGAGCCGGAUGCUCUGCUCAAGGACAGCGACUGCCUUUUUGAGCCUGAAAACUGAUUUCACAGAGAAAAUGACCACUUGGCACAGACUUCGCAUGGAGUGGAUGCAAACGUCACAGCCUGGAGGGAAGGGGAUGCCCCUGAAAGUGCAGUGCCUGCAGCACAGAAGGACCUCCAGGCUUCUGCACCCCUUGGACAUACCCAGGCUUUCUGGAAGCUUUCAUUCCCCCAAAACUCAAAUGGGGGACUGUUGCCUCCUGAAUUCCAGAGCAUAUGGGACAAGGCCCCCCUCUCUGGAGCCCUUUGGAUGGGCACAGAGAAGCUGGGCUGGGCAGGAUCUGGGAAAAAUACUGUGCUUGGGAAGGUAAAGGAUUAGUUCUGCUGCUUGGAACAGGAUCACAUUUAGGUAGGUAAAGAUGGGCUCAUCCCAUGCGGGCUUUACAAGACAGAGAUGUUCUCAAAGUCAUUUUCCCACUUAUCCAAGCUCCCCUGAAACUAAAAUUAGAUCCUGAGACUCCUGCAGCAGUUGGGAAAGGGGUGAUGGAGGUGACAGACUGUGCUGUCCUUCAUCUUUGGCACAAGGACCAGCUUCCAGUGCCGUGGAGAGCAGAGGGAGGAGGACUCAGCUGAGCCAAAACUCUGGUGAUGGCACUUGAGAUGGUGACUUUGGGCAUCUCCACUGAGUCAGUGUCAGUGGGUGGGUUUGCACACUGGCACCCACUGUCCCCAAACUCUCU